UACAACUUUCUAUAAAUAUAUAACAUCACCGCAACCUUUGAUCGAGCUAAAAAUUAUAUAGUUAUAUUAUCUAUAUCUAUAACUGUUUAUCAAACAUACCUUGUUUCCAGGAGGUUAUUAUUUAAUGGUCAUGGAAUCGAGAGAAGAUGAAUAUUUUGAUUACGCUAAUUAUUUGUCUUUGGAUGAUGAGAGCUUCUUGCCCGUUUUCAGUCAGUCGCCUGGCGUUACUAAUGGAUAUAGAUUCAGAGAGGAGCCUCCUUUAGAUCUCAGUUAUUUGAAAAUUCCUGACACAACGAUAAAUUCUGGUUCAUGUACUUCAGAUGAAUCUUCGUGUUUGUCCUCACAAGCUGGCUCUCCUGAUGAGCUUUCUGAAUGUGUUUUUAAGUACAUAAACCAGAUUCUCGUAGAUGAGAAUUUGGAGAGUAAACAUAGUAUGUUCCAUGACCCGUUAGCUUUACAAGUGACCGAGAGAUCAUUCUAUGAAGCUCUUGGUGAGAAUUACACCCCUGAAUCGAAUGUUGAAAACCCUGAAGAUAACUUUUUUAGUAGUGGUUUAAGCGAGCACAGUACAAAUAGUUACCCAAGUUGUUGCAAUUCUACCGAUUCUUACUGUCCCAGUGGUGAUUUCUUUGAGGUUAAAUCAUCAGUUGAACCAAAACCUUCUCUUGAAUACCCUUCAUUGUCAUCAUUUGAUUCUACCUCUACCACUGGUAGUGUCAAAAAUGAUCAGUUUGGCACAUCAAACUCGAUGAUAAACACACAUAUUGCUGAAAAUAUUUUCACUGAUAGCGAGUCUAUCUUGCAGUUCAAUAGAGGGAUGGAGGAAGCUAGUAAAUUCCUUCCUCCUAGUAAACCUCUUAUUUUGGAUUUGGGUCAUUACAACUUGCCUUCAAAUACACGAGAUACUUUUUCAGAGGUCUUUGUCAAAGAGGAGUUUGUCGAUAUAGAUAACUCAUCCAAUCGGUAUAGAGGACGCAAACAUUACCAAAUAGAAGAUAAUGGUUAUGAGGAAGAAAGGAGUAAAAAACUGCCUGCUGUUCAUUCGGAAGAAGAUGUGUUGUCCGAGUUAUUUGAUAGAGUUGUUCUCUGUAACGAUCCCGGAGGUCCAUUAUCAAUGACCUCUUAUGAAGAACCUGUUAAGCAAGUGCCGAGAAAGUUGCAGCAAAAUGGACAAACAUACAGGUAUAGUAGUGGCUGGAUUUCACAUUCUUGGGGAGGAAGUUCUGGUAAACCGAUGGAUGUUAGGACUCUUUUGGUUAACUGUGCACAUUCAGUUGCUGCUAAUGAUCAUAUGACUGCAAAUGAACAAUUGAGGCAGAUAAGACAACAUGCUUCUCCUCUCGGUGAUCCUCCACAGCGGUUAGCUUAUAUAUUUGCUAACGCUCUUGAGGCACGCUUAGCUGGAACUGGAUCCCAGCUUUACGCCGCUAAAAGUGCCAUGACAAUCUCAGCAGCUGAUAAGUUGAAAGCGUGUCAGGUUUAUCUUGCAGCCUGCCCUUUCAAGAAGGUAGCCAUUUCCUUUAUGAAUAAAGUCAUACAUGAAGCAGCCUCAACAGCGACUACCCUGCAUAUAAUAGAUUUCGGUAUUGAAUAUGGUUUCCCGUGGCCGGUUAUUAUUAAGAAACUAUCACAAAGACCUGGUGGACCACCUAAGUUGAGGAUUACUGGAAUCGAGCUCCCAAGACCUGGUUUUAGGCCAGCUGAAGGGGUAGAGGAGACUGGUCGUAGUUUAGCUAAGUAUUGUGCAAAGUUUAACGUCCCGUUUGAGUAUAAUGCUAUAGCAACUCAAAACUGGGAAAAGAUUAAAUUAGAAGAACUCAAGCUCCGGAGAAAUGAGUGUCUUGUUGUAAACACUCUGAUUCGGUUUAAAAAUUUGCUUGAUGAAUCCGUUGUUGUAGACAGUCCACGAGAUGGUGUUCUGAAGUUGAUUAGGGAAAUGAAGCCAGAUAUAUUUCUGCAGACUGUAGUCAAUGGAUCUUAUAGCUCUCCGGUUUUUGUCACUCGUUUCAAGGAGGCUCUUUUUCAUUUCUCGAAUAUGUUUGAUAUGUUUGAUGCUGUUGUAGACCGUGACGAUGAGCACAGGCUGAACUUUGAGAAGGAAUUUUGUGGGCGUGAAGUUAUUAAUGUGAUUGCAUGUGAAGGUGCUGAGAGAGUGGAGAGGCCUGAGACCUACACGCAGUGGCAAGCCCGACUGAAAAGAGCUGGAUUAAAGAUCAAGCCCUUGAACCGGGAUCUUGUUUCUGAACUGAGGGCCAAGGUGAAAGCAGGAUAUCAUAAAGAUUUUGUGUUUGAUGAUGAUGGUAAAUGGAUGCUACAGGGAUGGAAGGGUCGGAUAUUGCGUGCUACUUCAUGUUGGGUACCAGCCUAGCAGGCUUCUGUUGUUGAUUCUAUGUGAAGGCCAGGGGAUUUCCUUAGUUGUGUCUUUUAGGGAACUCUCUUGUGUCGAUGUCAUGGAACUCGACAAAAGGUGAUACACGUUGGUGGCUGGUCCCCUUGGAAAAGAUUGUGUAGGAUAAUAACAUACAAAGACUUAAUUUGAAAGCUAGCUAGAUGUAAGUCAUGUACGAUAUCCAGUUAUCAAGUAAACAGGUGUGCUCAGAUAUUUUACAGUCUAUUACAUAUAUACAUCCUAGUAGGAAGGCUAUACUAAUGUACUAGUAUUGUUGUUGCUGAACUUUUUGGCUGUAGCGGCAUAAGUUAUUGUAACAGAAGUUUUGUCUGUAA